GCAUCUUGGGAAGGAGAAGGUGCUGACGACAAACAACCAUUUUUCCUGCGCGAUGUGCCAGUACUUGAGUUAUUUUCGAACUCUAUUUAUCAAACAUAUUUGUAUCAUCGGUUGAUAUCUCAAGCCUAUUUGAAUUGCCAUUUGAUAAAUCGUGGCAACCAUUAAAAUGGGAGCUGAUAAGCGGGUUAGUCGCACAGAGCGCAGCGGCAGAUACGGUGGCAAUGAUCAUGACCGAGACGAGUCGGGAUGGCGCGACAGGCGAGAGAGGGGGGACCAGGAGCGAGAGCACGACCUGCGCCGCUGGGGAGAAGAGAGGCGCGGCGAACGCUACGACGGUGGGGAACGCCGGGGGAGCAGAGACAGUCCAGAGAGAGAGCGGAAACGGAGAAACAGCGACCGCUCGGAAGACGGCUACCACUCAGAUGGAGACUACCCGGAGCAGGACUACAGAGGCGAGCCAGGAGAGGAGAAAGAGAGCAAGACCAUCAUGCUCCGGGGUCUGUCUCUACACGUCACAGAGGGGGAUAUCCGAGCUGCCCUGGACCAGCUGGAGGGACCACAGCCAAUAGAUGUCCGGCUGAUGAAAAAGAGGACAGGUAUAAGCCGAGGUUUCGCCUUCGUGGAGUUUUAUCACUUGCAAGAUGCUACCCGAUGGAUGGAGACCAAUCAGAAACUUCUGGCAAUCCAAGGGAAGAGUGUGGCCAUGCACUACAGCAACCCCCGGCAGAAGUUUGAAGACUGGCUCUGCAACACUUGCGGCCUGUACAAUUUCCGGAGGAGGCUGAAGUGCUUCAGGUGUGGAGCAUCCAAAGCUGAUUGUGAGACAGGCAACGCCACUGGCGUCGCUGAGACCCAGCAGAGUGGAGAUUACUACGGCGACACAAUCAUCCUAAGGAACAUAGCCCCCCUCACCACGGUAGAAGCCAUCAUGACGGCCCUGGCCCCCUACGCCAACCUGUCGGCCAGCAACAUCCGUCUCAUCAAGGACAAACAGACGGGCCAGAACAGAGGCUUUGCCUUUGUACAACUCUCCUCCCCUCUGGAAGCUUCUCAGCUCCUGACCAUCUUACAAGGACUGCAGCCCCCUCUCAAGCUGGAUGGGAAGACCAUCGGCGUGGACUAUGCCAAAAGUGCCAGGAAGGACCUUUUGCUUCCGGACGGUAACAAGAUCAGUGCCUUCUCUGUGGCCAGCACUGCCAUUGCUGCUGCCCAGUGGUCCUCCAGUCAGACGAAGCAGGGAGCUGAAGGACAGCUGAUUUCUGAGUACAGCUACCUGGAGGAAGGCUACGUUCCCUACUCACAGGACUACCAGGCUUACUACCAGCAGGCAACGUCGGAACUGUCCUCGGGAAACGGGAUACUGGGAGCGGCCCCAGGUAUCCCGGCAACUUCAGCCGUGGUGAUCUCCCAAGGGGCCCAGGUCUACCAACCACACCUCGUCAGCCACGCUGCCGCUCAGGCGCUGCAGUUGGCCCAGCAACUGGACCCAAAACAGACAGGAAGUCACUCGGCAGCGGCGACAGUAGCAACGUCGGUUUCCACCGUUGCGACCGCCACGGCGACGCUCUCCGGUGCUACCACUGUCACCGCCGUCCCUGACACCUCCACCUACCAGUACGACGAGUCCUCCGGCUACUACUUUGACCCUCAAACCGGCCUGUACUACGACGCCAAUACCCAUUACUACUACAAUUCCCAGACACAGCAGUACCUGUACUGGGACGGCGAGAAGCAGACGUACGUCCCCGCAUCGGCAGCCGACCAAACGGAGCAGACGGCCAACGCCACGGCGACAGCCGCCAGCAAAGAGGCCAAGGAGUCCAAAGAGGCCAAGGAGUCCAAGGAGAGGAAACCGGAAAAGCCCAAGAGCAAGACUGCUCAGCAGAUUGCUAAGGAUAUGGAGCGCUGGGCUAAGAGUCUGAACAAGCAGAAGGAGAACUUCAAGAGCAGCUUUCAGCCCGUGAGCCAGGAGGAGAGAAAAGAGGCGGCGGCGGCCGAUGCCGGCUUCACCCUGUUUGAGAAAAAGCAGGCCGGCAGUCUGGAAAUGCUCAUGUCCGAAGCGGUGCAGCGUCCAGAGGAACUGGCUCCAACCAACUCCACCAAGGUGGGUCUGGUGGCGGCCUACAGCGGAGACAGUGACCCAGAGGAGGGCGGCACCGCAGAACCAGAGCGCGGUGGUUGCGAUCAGGACCAGCUCACAGACUGGAAGAAGAUGGCCUGCCUGUUGUGCCGGAGACAGUUCCCCAAUAAGGACGCUCUGAUGCGCCACCAGCAGCUCUCGGACCUCCACAAGCAAAACCUAGAGGUCCACCGCAGAGCUAAGCUGAGUGAGGCUGAACUGGACGAGUUGGAAAGGAAGGAGACCGAGAUGAAAUACAGGGACCGGGCCGCGGAACGGAGAGAGAAAUAUGGCAUCCCAGAACCACCGGCGCCCAAGAAGAAGAAGUUCACGGCACAGCCAGCGCCCGUUGUCAACUAUGAACAACCCACCAAGGACGGUCUGAACAGUGACAACAUCGGUAACAAGAUGCUGCAGGCCAUGGGAUGGCAGGAGGGCAAAGGUCUGGGCCGCAACCAGCAAGGCAUCACGGCACCUAUUGAGGCCCAGCUGAGAGCCAAGGGAGCUGGUCUGGGAACCAAAGGCGGCAGCUAUGGGCUGUCUGCAUCAGACACUUACAAAGACGCAGUCCGCAAAGCCAUGUUUGCCCGCUUUACAGAAAUGGAGUGAUUCCCCCUCUUCCACGUGCUACCCAAGAACAGCCAUGUCCUUCCGGACUGACGUGGAGUCAUCCUUGAGCAUCAUUCUCUUACACGCUUCGGUCGUCUGUAAAUGAAUGCCUUGAGAUGAUUGAUGGAGCGGCAUGGAGAAAGCUGCAGGAUGGCAUGCUCCAUAAAGGGGAUUUAUUUUGGGGAGGGGGGUAUAAACUUUUUGUGGACUUCAGUAACAUUGAAAAUGCCAGGGAGAAAGAAAACAGUCAGUGGGCCUGUCUUUAUUUGGGAGUGUAAAACGAAGAAUUACGUCUCUGAUUAUUUGUAUAUAUGUUGUGUACAAUUUUUAAAAUAUAGACAUUUUCUCCCCCUCCCUGUUGCUGUGGCAAUAGUAUUGUCGGCACGUUCAAAUAAUUGUACAGUUUGUAUGGUAUCUGUUCUCAUUUUGUACAUAAAAUAUUAAAUGAGAUGGAUCAGUUAA